ACAGCUGAGAAGCUGUACUAUUACCUUCACAGGUGAACCUGAUAAGAUAACACUGAUUUCACAAUGGGCUCCAUCAGUGCAGCAAAUGGAGAAUUUUGUUUUGACGUAUUCAGAGAGCUGAAAGUCCACCAUGUGAAUGACAACAUCUUGUAUUGCCCUCUGAGUAUCAUUUCAACCCUGGCAAUGGUCUAUCUGGGAGCAAGAGGGAACACUCAAUCUCAGAUGGAGAAGGUUCUUCACUUUGAUAACAUUACAGGAGUUGAAGACACUACUGACUCCCAGUGUGGCACUUCAGAAUACAUCCACAAUUCAUUCAAGGAUCUUCUCUCAGACAUCACCAUGCCGAAUGCUACAUACUCCCUCAAGAUGGCUGACAGACUCUAUAUUGAAAAAACAUGCCCCGUUCUUCCGGAAUACAUAAAGUGUGCAAAGAAAUUCUACAAAGCAGGGCUGGAAGAAGUUAACUUCAAAACAGCUACAGAGGAAGCAAGACAGCUCGUUAAUUCCUGGGUGGAGAAAGAGACAAAUGGACAGAUACAAGAUUUCCUUGUGUCAGGUUCUGUUGAUCCCGAUACUGCGCUGGUCCUUGUGAAUGCCAUUUACUUCAAAGGGAUAUGGAAGACGGCGUUUAAAGAAGAACACACUCGGGAAGUGCCCUUCAAUGUGUCAGAGCAAGAAAGCAGACCCGUGCAAAUGAUGUGUCAAAACGGUACCUUCAAAGUGGCAGCGGUGCCCGCAGAGAAAAUGAAGAUCCUGGAGCUUCCGUAUGCCAGCGGGCAGCUGAGCAUGUUGGUGCUGUUGCCUGAUGACAUCUCUGGCCUGGAGCAGCUUGAGAACAAGAUCAGCUUUGAGAAACUUACAGAGUGGACCAGUCCGAAUGUGAUGGAAAAGAAGAGAGUGAAAGUGUACCUCCCGCGCAUGAAGAUUGUGGAAAAAUAUAACCUCACAUCUGUCUUAAUGGCCCUGGGUAUGACCGACCUGUUCAGCCCUUCGGCCAAUCUGUCUGGCAUUUCUUCAGCAGAGAGCCUGAAGAUAUCUGAGGCCAUGCAUGAGGCGUACAUGGAAGUUAAUGAAGAGGGCACCGAGAUGGCAGGCUCAGCAGGGGUGAUGGGAGACAUCAAGCAUUCCUCUGAGUUUGAAGAGUUUAGGGCUGACCACCCUUUCCUUUUCUUGAUCAAACACAAUCCAACCAACAGCAUCCUCUUCUUUGGCAAAUAUUGUUCCCCCUAAGGAGAAAAAGAGCUGGAAAUAAUGCUUGCCUUCCCCUCAGAAACAGACUCCCCUUACUGUAGUAUUGUAGUAUAAUCUCAUCACU